GGAACACACCGGUUGUGUGCUCUGAACACAUGUCAAACGAAUUUAAAAAAAAAAAAACAAUAAAUAAAAAUUAGAGUUCUGCAUAAGUACUUUUCAAUCGCGUGAACAAUUUCAAUUUGAUGAAUUUUUGUAGAAAAAAGUGUAAAAAAUCAUUUAUUUAUCGUCGAAAAUAGAAGGAACUUAACCUCAACCAUGAAGAAACUGCAUCAUUUGGAGGCGAACAAUUUGCGAUUUUCGGUAUUUAGUCCGAAUAACAUUCGUGCGUUGAGCGUGGCCAAGAUAGUUACACCGUUGCUCUUUGAUCCAUUGGGUCAUGCAUUGCCGGGUGGUUUAUAUGAUUCAAAAAUGGGUCCAUUUUCCAUCAACUCGGAUCCGUGCAGUACGUGUUACAAAACGCUAGACUGUAAUGGCCAUAUGGGUCACAUCGAAUUGUCAAUGCUUGUGUAUAAUCCAAUUUUCAUAAAAAGUGUCUACGACAUUUUACGAAUUACAUGCUUCAGCUGCUUUCAAAUGCAAAUCUCCGAAAGAGUUAUGGAAAUUUUGGUAUUGCAAUUAAAAUUACUAGACGCCGGCUAUAUAACCGAAGCUCAAGACAUUGAAAUUUACAAAUCGGAAACGGUGAGUGAAUAUUCAAAACCAGCACGAGACUCAAAAUUAGAAGAAAUGAAACGUUUAUUGGAUUUCGGUUUACAAUCAUGCGAUGUUGUUGAGAAUACAAAAAAUUCGGAAUCAUUACGAGCAUCAAUUGUUAGCAGUUCCAUCAAAAGUAAUCCAAAUAAACGAUGCAUACACUGUAAAGAGGCAUUGAAAAAAGUGAAAUAUUCAUUCAAAAAGCUAAUGGUAACCGCUUCAAAAUCAGAAAUGAGCUCGGACUUGAAUGACAGUUACGGCCGUUCAAAAACAGUGAACAAAGCAUUGUUGGCCGAUGAAUGCCGUGAAUACUUGCGCAAAGUGUACGAUUUACACGAGGAAAUGUUGAAAUUACUGUUUCCAGUUUUAAUGCAUGCACCGGAAGAUGUUGAAAUUGCAACGGAUAUUUUCUUCAUGGAUGUAAUUCCAGUUCCAUCGCCAAUUGUUCGACCAGCAAAUAAAUUUCAAAAUGAGAUCCGUGAACAUCCACAAACGACCAUUUUAAAGAACAUUGUCGAAUCGAACAGUCUAUUGAAAACCAUUUGUGCAAAGAUAAAUGGAAAAGUGGCCGAGGCUCAAGCGAACGAAACGCAAGCAUUGUAUGAUAGCGCCACUGGUGAUACAUCGUACGAAAAAAUGUACCAUGCAUGGCAAAAAUUACAAACAUGCGUCGAUCAAACAUGGGACAGUGCACUCGGACAAAACACGCACGGCGUUCAAGGUUUGAAACAAGUUCUUGAAAAGAAAACAGGAAUCAUUCGAUUGCAUAUGAUGGGAAAACGUGUCAAUUAUGCAGCGCGUACGGUUAUCACGCCAGAUCCAUUCAUUAAUGUCGAUGAAAUCGGUUUGCCCGAGGUGUUUGCACGAAAAUUAUCCUAUCCAGUGCCUGUCACUUCAUGGAAUGUGGCUGAACUACGAAAAAUGGUUACUAAUGGGCCAAAUGUUCAUCCGGGUGCUAAUUUCGUUGAAGAUGAACAAGGUCGAAUUCAAAUCGUAUCUGGAGUCGAUGCGGCCAAACGUGAAUCGCUCGCCAAAAUGUUGUUGACACCAACAGAAAAAGGUGUUAAAAUUGUUCACCGUCAUUUGUUGAACAACGACGUAAUGCUGUUGAAUCGUCAGCCAACGUUGCACAAAAACAGUAUAAUGGCACACAAAGUGCGCAUUCUGAAAGGAGAAAAAACGUUCCGUCUUCAUUAUUCGAAUUGUAAAUCGUAUAACGCUGAUUUUGAUGGUGAUGAAAUGAAUGCUCAUGUGCCACAAAAUGAAUUGGGCCGUAGUGAAGCCUAUAAUUUGAUAAAUGUGCCAAAUCAAUAUUUAGUAGCAAAGGAUGGUACACCGUUGGGUGGUUUGAUUCAAGAUCAUGUUAUUUCUGGUGUGAAAAUGUCGAUGAGAGGACGAUUCUUCAAUAGAGAAGACUAUCAGCAAUUGGUGUUUGUCGCAUUGGCACACAUUUCAAAAGACAUCAAAUUUUUGCCGCCAACAAUCAUAAAACCCAUUAGACUGUGGUCGGGCAAACAAAUUUUAUCAACUAUUUUAAUGAAUAUCAUACCGGUCGGACAGCAUAAAAUCAAUUUAAAAUCGACCGCCAAAACGAGUGUAAAAUCUUGGCAAACGCAAGAAGAACGCCUAUGGUUAGCCGGAGGUACACCGUUGACCGAAAAUAAUAUGACUGAGAGUGAAGUUAUCAUUCGGGGAGGUGAAUUGUGUGUCGGUGUUUUGGAUAAAACUCAUUACGGCGCUACACCUUAUGGUUUAAUUCACUGCAUGUACGAAUUGUACGGCGGAGAGUGUUCAACGCAAUUACUUUCAUCAUUUUCAAAGGUCUUUACCAUCAACCUGCAGCGAGAAGGUUUCACGCUCGGUGUUCAUGAUAUUUUGGUGUUGCCACAUGCCGACAAGAAUAGACGAAAAAUUAUCAAGAAAACUCGAAAGCUUGGACCAAAAGCUGUAGCAACUGCCUUAGAAUUGCCGUUAGAUACACCAUUUGAAAUUUUGGCCGAAAAAAUGUCUGAAGCGAUUAAUCGUGAUCCGAAAUUUAGAACACUCUUGGAUCGUGCCUAUAAAUCUGCAUUGGAUAGUUAUACAAAUCGGAUUAAUAAAAUUUGUCUUCCCGCUGGUUUACUGUGUAAGUUCCCAGAAAAUAAUUUACAAUUGAUGGUUGGUUCCGGCGCCAAAGGAUCAACGGUGAAUACAAUGCAAAUUUCAUGUUUGCUCGGCCAAAUUGAAUUGGAAGGCAAACGGCCGCCAAUGAUGAUAUCAGGGCGUACGUUACCAUGUUUCCCGACAUUUGAAAUGUGCCCAAAAGCAGGUGGCUUCAUUGAUGGCCGAUUUAUGACUGGCAUUCAACCGCAAGAUUUCUUCUUCCAUUGUAUGGCUGGUCGUGAAGGUUUAAUUGAUACAGCUGUAAAAACAAGUCGUUCUGGUUAUUUGCAACGUUGUCUGAUCAAACAUUUGGAAGGAUUGAAUGUGCACUAUGAUAUGACAGUUCGUGAUAGUGAUAGUUCAGUGGUUCAAUUUAUGUACGGUGAAGAUGGUAUGGAUGUUUCGAAAUCGCAAUUUUUGAAAACCAAGCAAUUUCCAUUCUUGUUUGACAACGUUAAAAGUAUAAUUCCAAAUAAAGAAUUCUUGGACGAAUUAAAAGAUUUCGAAAAUUACGACAGUGUUAUAAAACACAAGAAAAAGGUUCGAUCAUGGAUGAAAAAGCACGCAAAUGAUGAUAAACGACGUGAGACCAGUUUCCAGAGAUUCUCCCGUGAAAUCGUGUCGGACAUCACAAUGAAAGAUCCGAAUGCAAUAAACGAGAAGACACAUCGUCGAAAUCUUGACGACCAAAUUGUAAAACUUUGGAGUGAAGCAGACGAUGAGCAAAAAGCAAAAUAUUCGAAGAAAUGUGUACCGCGUCCCGAUCCUGUCUCAAGUAAAUACCAACCAGAUUGUAAUUUCGGCUCUCUACCCGAACACGUGGAAAACUUAAUGGUCGGCUACAUGAAGAAUUUGAACAUUGACAAAGAAUCAUUUGAAAAUGUAAUUGCGGUAAAAACGAUGAAAUCACUAGUGGCACCCGGUGAACCAGUUGGUCUGUUGGCCGCACAAUCAAUCGGUGAACCAUCAACCCAGAUGACAUUGAACACUUUUCACUUUGCUGGUAGAGGUGAAAUGAACGUGACGCUGGGUAUUCCACGUCUCAGAGAAAUUUUAAUGUUUGCUACGGAAAAUAUAAAAACACCGUCGCUCGAUAUACCAUUUAAAAAGCAUAAAAAUAUGGAUCAAAGUGCUGAAACACUGCGCAAGAAAAUGGCCAGAGUUACUGUGGCCGAUGUUUUGGAAUCGAUAAAUGUUCAAUCACAUCUUGUUCUACGUCCAUAUCGAGCUCGAGAAUGUUGUGUUCGUUUUAAUUUCUUGCAAGCGGACGCUUAUCAACAAGAUUUUGUCAUUCGACCAAAGAAAAUUCUUCGACACAUGCGUGAACAGUUCUUUAGGCUAAUGUUCAAGGCCUUUGCAAAGGCGGCGAGUGAAAAAUAUUCAUCGGUUGAUAUUGGUGCCGAAGAGAAGAAAAAGAAAAUAGCUGAACAGUGCGAAGAUCGUGAAAUCGAUGAACGAGAACCAGAAAAAGAUACGACUAGAGCUGGUGGUAAUGAUAGUUCUGACGAUGAAGCCAUUGGCGACGAGGAUGAUGCUACAGCUGUUAAACUUAAGAGUAAAGCUAUGGACGAAUGUGAUUAUGAUGAAGCGGCCAUUGAAGAAGGUGAAAAAAUUGCAUCCGAUAAUGAAUCUGAUGUUGAAAUGAUGGAACCAGAAAAUAUCGCGGAUGUGGAUGAAGACGAAGUGGAAAAACUUGGAAACGAAGCAAGCGAAUAUAAUACGAGAUAUCGCGUUGAUAAGCAUACACAUUUAUGGUGUGAAAUCACUUUCCAACUGAAUAUGACACACAAAAAUGUCGAUCUUUCUAUCGUUUUGAAAGAUAUUGCACACAAGUCAGUUAUAGCCGAAGUGCCACAUAUCAAACGAGCAAUCACGUACAAUAAGAAUGAGGACAUUUUCCUGAAAACUGAUGGUAUUAACAUUACGGAAAUGUUCAAACACCGAGAGGUACUCGACUUGGAUCGACUUUAUACGAAUCAAAUCCAUGCUAUGGCUCAAACAUAUGGUAUCGAAGCCGCUGCUAGAGUUGUUGUUAAGGAAGUACAACAAGUGUUCCAGGUUUAUGGUAUUACAGUCGAUCCCCGGCAUUUAUUACUCAUCGCUGAUUAUAUGACUUUUGAUGGAACAUUCAAACCGCUCAGUAGAUCAGGCAUCGAAUCGUCAGCAUCGCCGCUGCAACAAAUGUCCUUCGAAUCUACGCUUAAGUUCUUGAAAUCGGCCAUCGUUAAGAGUCAGUUAGAUAGUUUAAAUUCACCAUCAAGUCGAUUGAUGAUUGGUCAACCAUGUAAAAGUGGUACUGGUGCUUUUACAUGUAUGACAAACAAUACUUUGCUAUUUAAAAAUCUUUUGAAAUAAAUUUAUUUAGAUACAGACAUUGGGUAUGCCAAUAAAUUUGGUAAUAAUUGUUAAGAAAUAUGUAAAUUUGAAUAAAACGAAAUAAAAUAUUUUAUAAAAAUGGA